AAAGAAGAGUAUAAAAGCGACAUAAGACAUUUCUUCCAAUUUACAUUAAGAUGGAUACUUUUUGCCUCAUGGCAUCCUUUUGGCUGGCCCUGGUAGGAGGAGUAAUCAGUGACAAUCCUGAGAGAUACAGCACAAACCUAAGCAGCCAUGUGGAGGACUUCACCUCUUAUCUGGGGACAGAAUUCAACUCUCCGAGUACCACUCAUCAACCUACCAAUUUGGUCCUGCCCAGCAACGGCUCAAUGCAUAGCUAUUGUCCACAGCAGACUAAAAUCACAUCUGCUUUCAAAUACAUCACCACUGUGAUAUCCUGCACAAUCUUCAUCGUGGGAAUGGUGGGGAACGCAACUCUGCUUAGGAUCAUUUACCAGAACAAGUGUAUGAGGAAUGGCCCCAAUGCGCUCAUAGCAAGCCUGGCCCUGGGAGACCUUAUCUACGUGGUUAUUGAUCUCCCCAUCAAUGUGUUUAAGCUGUUGGCGGGGCGCUGGCCUUUUGACCACAACGAUUUUGGAGUAUUUCUCUGCAAGUUGUUCCCCUUUUUGCAGAAGUCCUCUGUCGGCAUCACCGUCUUGAAUCUCUGCGCUCUCAGUGUCGACAGGUACAGAGCAGUGGCCUUGAGUCGAGUGCAAGGAAUUGGGAUCCCCUUGAUUACUGCCAUUGAAAUCGUCUCCAUCUGGAUCCUUUCCUUUAUCCUGGCCAUCCCAGAAGCCAUCGGCUUUGUCAUGGUACCCUUCGAAUACAGGGGUGACCAGCAUCGCACCUGCAUGCUCAAUGCCACAACAAAGUUCAUGGAGUUUUACCAAGAUGUGAAGGACUGGUGGCUCUUCGGGUUCUACUUCUGCAUGCCCUUGGUGUGCACAGCGAUCUUCUACACCCUCAUGACCUGUGAGAUGCUCAACAGGAGGAAUGGCAGCUUACGGAUUGCCCUCAGUGAACACCUCAAGCAGCGUCGAGAAGUGGCGAAGACUGUGUUCUGUUUGGUUGUCAUCUUUGCCCUCUGCUGGUUCCCUCUUCACUUAAGCCGAAUUUUGAAGAAAACUUCGUGUAUGAUGAGAUGGAUAAGAACCGAUGUGAACUGCUCAG